AUGUCUACCGCACCAACAUCAGCCCAGGCAGGCAAUUCAACGGCUACUUUCGGACCCACAAAUAUGGAGAAUCAAGCCGUUGACGCACAAGGUGCUACUCAGACAAACAAAGAUGAUCCCAAACCUGUCAACUGGGAGUCUGAAAUCCAACUAGUGUCGUCACUGGCAAAGCUGCAAGAGCUCGAACGCAAGAUCCACGAACUUCGUCCGUUCGUCCCAGCCGGAGUCUUAGAGCCCCUUGGCCCUAUAUCAAGUCCAAACGGACCCUCAACCAACAACCCAGUGGCUGAGUCACCAGCGGCUCUACGAAAUGAUCUUCAAAAUGUAAUCCGCUCUCGAAUUUCCGAUAUCGAGCAAUUCCAGUCCAUGUGGCGCGGUCCGGAGAUGAGACCUGUUUGGACGCAUGUUGAGGCGCGCCUGAGAGAGGCUAAUGGCCAGAUUCUCCAACCUACGGGCAUGUGGGAGAAAGACUACGAUGUUCUCCUUGCAGAGCUGUCCAAGGCUGAGAAGGCAAAGGAAGACGAGCGGUUACGAGAAGAGGAAGACACCGCGCGCACGAAGGCGUUAUCAUCAGAAGGAGAAUGGACUUCUGUCAUUGAAAGAUUUGUCGAACGGGCCAUCCCCGGUGUCCGUGUAAUCAAGGGACAGAAUCAGACUUCCCUGGCUAUCGCCCUUGCAAGGGCUGGAAUGGUCUUCCUGGUCGCAGGUGUGCGGGACUACAAUUCAUCUACUGUGUCUGGUUGGCAGGUAUCCAGCAGAGUGGCACCAGGUCGAUCCACGACCAAACUUGAGCAGGCAGUUCUCGAAUGCUUAAACUCGCGGCCACGCAAAUGGGAUCUCGCUUUCUUAUUGAUAUCAAACAAACACCUUGUGCCAAAUGUACCCAGCUCACCAAUAACGCCGCACAACUCCCAACAAUCCGCCGAGCGCAAUCCACCCAACCCUCAACAGGUAAUCAAUCUCAUCUCUUCGUCUUUAACGCCUUUCACCCAAGCUGCGCUUGAAAAGCGCACUCUGUUCCCAAAAAGCACACAACUUAGAAUGCAAACCAUGCUUCUGCUCUCCAAUUCCAAUCAAUUCCAGUUCCGAGUGUCCUGGUCCCAGCUGGCAUGA